UGACGGAGGGCUGAUUGAUUGACAGAAACAAAUUCUUGUUUGUUGUGGAUGAGUCCACAAUUUAACUUAAAUAUAUAUAAACAGCAGUUUUAAAUAAACUAACUCAGGUUUUAUAUUCUUCUAAAAACUAUUAUUCUUACGUAUCGUCGUGAACAAUGGAGAGUCAACCGUGCAUUUUCCUGGGUAUCAAAGUAAAGCCUGGCCCCAUAGAACGACACAAGUUGGAAAACUUCACUCUAGAUCACACUGUAGACAGUCUAAAAACUGAAGCUGGAAAGAAGACAAACCUCCCUUCUGCGUCACUGGAACUAAUUCAUCAUGGCAAAAUUUUGAGAGAUGAAGCUACACUGCAGGACAGUGGAGUAAAAAGUGGUGAGAUGAUCCAUGUAGUCAAGAAGAAGGUGCAAGCAUCGGUUCCAGCACCGGCCCCUUUCUCAGAAGCUGAUCUUCAGCAGUUGAACGCCUCUCUCCGUACACUUGGGUGCACUCCCAACGCCCCUGGUUGGACCCGGGCAAUGCAGCUCCUAAAUGACGAGUCAGCUAUGUCAGAGAUACUUGAGCACGCGCCAUCGCUGAACGAGGACUGUGUGACACUGUCAAUCCUGCAUGAGGUGGAGCUGCUGGCGGCGCUCGGGGCCAACAUACACACGAUGCGGCGCGGGGCGGCGGCGCACCCCGACCUGCCCCACGCGCUGCGACACCUCACCCGGCUCGUGUUCUCACGGUCCAACACUAACACUGCUAGCGAUAAUGUCCCCACGUCCGGGUUCGCGUACUCGCUGGAGGCGCUAUCCGACGAUGAGGAAGCCGAAGAAGAGGAGAGCGAGGAGGGCGAGAGGACCCCCAUCACGCAGGAACAGCUCGCACUUGCGUUACAGGCAGCAACCGAAGCGGUGUCGACGUCGAGCCGCGGCUCCAGCGGGUCGGGUUCGGGUAGCGGCAGCGCCAGCGCGCAGGACAGCCUGCUGCGCCUGCUGCAGGCCACCGUCCCGCAACGUGCCGCCUCGCAGCCCGCAGGAGCUGGUAGAUCGUUGAUCACACCAGAGAUGUUCAGUGACGCCAUAUCGGAAGCUAUGGGCCAAGCGGGUGCGCGACCCGCUGGCACUCCCAUGGCGCAGAGUACUGCUGCGUCGUCGUCGGAGAGCCCUGCGGCGCGCGACGAGGAUUUCUCCACUCAGCUGCAACACAUGCACGAGAUGGGCCUGCUGGACGACGCUCUCAAUGUGCGUGCGCUGCUCAUCUGUUCAGGCGAUGUGAAUGCAGCCAUCAACCUGGUGUUCAGUGGAGCAAUUGGUGAUGACUAAAUUAGUUCAAGUUUCGAUUGCAGUGUCCAAUGAUAACUGUCCCUAAACAUAAUCCUGCUCCAAUUGUCAAUAUCGGAUUGUUACUAUGUCUACUUGAGCAUAGAUGGAAAAUAAAUUAUUAUCGUAAAAUAAAACAUUUUCUAUUUUCCAUUGAAUUUAUUAAUACUUAAAAUUUAGAAAAUAUAUUGCAUAGAACUAAAAAAUAUCACUGGAUGCGAGAAUCCAUAAGGGCAAGUGUAAAUAAAUAAUACAAGUCGUAAAAAUAAAUGUAUCUUAAAUACAA